AUGAACAAUAAAAAAUUAUAUCAAAUAAGAGAUAAUGCUGUCUAUAAAGAACAAGCUAAUAAUGCUUUGGUUGAAUUUAUAGUUACUGAUUCACAGCCAUUUUAUAUGUUAGAAAAUUCAGAAUUUAUAAAAUAUUCACUAGCACUUGGUCCAUCUUACAAAUUGCCUAGUAAUAAAGGAAUCAAAAGUAAAAUUUAUUUGACUUAUGAUUGGAUGUCAACAGUUGUUUGUACUAUCUCUUCAUUAAAAAAAUUACUUGAUACUAAUAAUAAUAUUCAAAUUAUAGUAGAUCUUGACAAUUUAAAUACUGUGUUCGAUGAUAACUUAGAUUUACAAAAAGAAAUCGAAUUUAUUGAUAAACCAGAAAUUUUAAAUAUUGAAAUGAAAAAAAAAUAA